AUGCUACUAUCCAACCGGGCCGAUGUGUUCGUAUUCGAGCUCGCUAAUCAACAACUCUCAGAAUCAGUCAAGGAAGACCUGGAGAACAAACCAUGGCGACUUCUUCCACGAGGCUGCAUUACCCAGGCACAAAAAAGACAGCUGCUAUUAGGUUCCAUACCUGCUGUGUUUGCCAUGAGCGCUGCCCUCGGCAUUGGAAAUGAAUGUGCUCUGAUUUUGCUUCUUGCCUGGAUGUACGACGACCUGCGUGGUGGCGAUGAGCUCAUUCACGACCUCAUCAUUGUAAUCACGUACGAUAUCUUCCUGGUCAGUUCGCUGACUGGCAUGAUGACAAGCACUCCCACUGCUGUGCGUAUUUCGACCACUGGGCACUGCUGGCUUGCGAUUGAUGCGUUAUUGCAACUACGAUACAGGCUCAAGACUCAUGGGACCAAGUCGGGGACUAGCUGCGGGGCCGGAGAACGUAGCCGGUUGUGGUGA